AUGAGCAAUCGAUUUUAUAUAAUCGAGAGUGAUGCGUUCUUAUUAAUUUGUCGAAUGGACGAUAACAACGCGCCGAAAUGCAGUCACGAUCCAGAUCAAACUCAACAAGAUCAAUCUGUUUCAAUUAACUCAAUACUAUUGCCUUUUAAAGAGGUGAAAACACCAACUUCCUUUAACCUGCUUGCAAAUACGAUUUCAAAUUAUUCGACUACUACUUACUUACAAAACCUUCAAGCACCAUUGACGAUUAAGGCUUCUGAUCAAAUGCCAAUUGCUACCCAACCUCGUCUAGCUAGUACGGUUUCGCCAAUUUCAAUUACAAAUUGUCCUCAAACCUUAUUUUUACAAGCAUUAUCAAAAUUAAAUGAAAGUUCUUUAAACUUUUCUCUUUUAAAUUACUUACAAUCAAAUUUGGGUAAAAUCACAUGGCAAGCUGGAGAUAUUACACCUCCAGAUUCUUUAACCAGUGCACCUCCAUCUUAUUCUUUUGUUUUACGCCAAAUGGCAGCUAGAAGAAGGCCUAGGCUCAUGGGAACGUUCAUUCCUUCUCCUUCAUUUGUACAGCAUACUCCACCACCUACGUAUGCUACAGCAUUUGAUAUUUAUAUCGACCCUGGGCCGCCUCCACCACCUAGAGUGUACACUUUUGGUUUUACUUCGAUGCCAGUAGUCUGUCCCGAAUGGGCAUGGAGGCGCGCUCGUGAUCGUCUGUCGGCGCGGAGCGCGCGCCCGGGCUUACAUAACGAGGGCAGCGGUGGCAUGGCCGCCCGCGUGUCCGCCGAGGGCGCAGGACCCUCUUACGCGUCAGUGUUGAACUUUAGAGGGGGUGAUAGUAACAAAGAAAACAUUGAGGCCCCGCCGGGGGAGGUGCCGGAUGCACCUCCUAUAAAACAGGACGAUGAAGAAGAGGAGGGUUUUGUGCCAGUCAUGUCGCAUACGCGUCGUCCUGGCAAGGGGAGAAGAGAUCGUGACCGCAGGGCUCCACCGAGGCCUCAAAAGACUCCUCAGGCCCAUACUGAGCCCCAGCCAACCGCAGAGCAGCAGCAGCAGGCAGCAGAGAGCCAGCCGAAGAAGUUUGUGGAAGCACCCAUUCCUAAAGUUAACCCAUGGCAGGUGAGUGUCAUAAGAAUAUAA